AUGCAGAUGUGGAACCUCAAGUACGAUGUGGCGCACAGCACACACGUGGCGGGCAAUCGCUUGUCGCCCCCUCUACCUCAAGAUCUUUCUCAGCUGCAGGCCUUAUCGGUCUCCGAAGGUACUCCUACCCCCACAACAGCACUGGCUGCCCCUUCAGAAAAACAUAAUGCUCUCAACGCCGCCGACCAGCCUGGGCAUCUGCAACGUCACCCAAGGCACAACGAAGAUAUCGGCGAGAGCUCGUCGCCUGGUGAUCCAUAUGCGGCCGGGCCAUCAGCCUUGGAAAGGGAGCUACUCGCCUGCCAGGAUGAAGUCCGCAGCAUGAACGUGCAGAUUCACAGGAUGCGCUACCGCAUCUCGAUGAGGAAGGUCGCCGAGGAAUGGUACCCGACGGAAAGGCGCAGCAACGAAGACCAGUUGUGGUUGUGCAAGAAGAGGACGGCGCAACUGGCAAAGCAGCACAAGAGGCUGCUUGCCGAAACCAAAGCUUCACAAUCACAGUAUUUGGCAAGAUAA